AGGCAAGUACUGGUUAUAGAUCCACUCUCAAUGCAUAUGUGUGCUUUUCUCUGUCUAAAUAGAAACAUAGAUCAUUGAUUUGUUUAUCUUUUACCCCAUUUGAGACCAGAAUUGAAUAGGAGAGAGACCAGUUUUAGCUUGGUUGCGGAAGAGUAUUCAGAAGAAAGGCACCCAAAUUUUCAUUUUGCUGCAGAGCAGAGCAGAGAGAGAGGGGGGGGCAAUAAUGGGGAUUAGGAGGCAAUGCAGUAGCAGAUGCCUCAGCUCCUUCUUGGCGAAAACGACCCUCUUCGUUCUCAUUGCCUUCUCUUCAGCCACUGCUGUAAGGUUUAAUUACGGUGAAGCACUCGAAAAGAGCCUUCUCUACUUCGAAGCUCAGAGAUCGGGGCGGCUUCCGUACAAUCAGAGGGUAAGAUGGAGAGACCAUUCCGGCCUGACCGACGGCCUCGAACAAGGAGUUGAUUUGGUUGGGGGUUACUAUGAUGCGGGGGAUCAUGUUAAGUUUGGGCUUCCGAUGGCGUUCACUGUUACGAUGCUCUCGUGGAGUGUGGUUGAGUACAGAGAUGAGAUGAAGGGUGCAGGGCAGCUUGCUCAUGCAAUGGAGGCCAUCAAAUGGGGCACCGAUUACUUCAUCAAAGCCCACACCGAACCUAAUGUCCUCUGGGUCGAGGUAGGGGAUGGGGAUACCGAUCACUACUGUUGGCAGAGGCCUGAGGACAUGACGACAUCGAGGCAGGCCUACAAAGUCGAUGCCCAAAACCCAGGUUCCGACGUUGCUGCAGAGACCACGGCAGCAAUGGCUGCCGCGUCCAUGGCGUUCAGGGACUCCAACCCACAUUACUCCCAUCUCCUCCUCCACCACGCCCAGGAGUUGUUUGAUUUCGCCGACAUGUACAGAGGGAAGUAUGAUGGUAGCGUAGGUGCUGUGAAGAGUUACUAUGCGUCGGUGAGCGGGUACAGAGAUGAGCUGCUGUGGGCCGCAAUGUGGCUCUACAAGGCCACUGGGAACGACCAAUACUUGGCCUACGUGGUUAACAACGCAGAGUGCUUUGGGGGCAUCGGCUGGGCCAUAACCGAGUUUAGCUGGGAUGUCAAGUAUGCUGGACUUCAGAUCUUGGCCUCCAAGUCGGCUCAACCGUCGGAUUCAACCGAGUCGGUUAUCCAGGUACUCAUGGAAGGGAAGCAAGAGAGGUAUGCCAAUGUCCUGAAACAAUACCAAUGUAAGGCUGAGCACUACCUGUGCUCUUGCCUACAAAAGAACAACGAUAGCAAUGUCGACUUGACGCCAGGCCGUUUAAUCUAUGUUCGCCAAUGGAACAACAUGCAAUAUGUGUCUACCGCCACAUUUUUACUGACAGUUUAUUCCGAUUAUCUUCAGAAAGCAAACAAAACUCUCAACUGUGUAGGACAAGAAGUGAGGCCCCAAGAGAUGCUUGAGUUUGCCAAGUCUCAAGUGGAUUACAUUUUGGGUUCUAACCCAAGGGAAAUGAGCUAUUUAGUGGGGUUUGGUUCCAACUACCCCAUUAACAUACAUCACAGAGGAGCAUCCAUUGUUUCAUACAAGGAGAACUCGGGUUUCAUAGGUUGUACCCAGGGCUAUGACCACUGGUAUAGUCGGUCAAGACCCAAUCCUAAUGUUCUUGUUGGAGCCCUUGUUGGAGGGCCUGAUAAUCUUGAUAAUUUCAGCGAUCAUAGGGGAAAUUAUAUGCAAACAGAAGCCUGUACUUACAACACCGCACCGCUAGUUGGUGUUUUUGCUAGGCUCAACACAUCAAAACUUCGCCUUUCUCAGUCUCAGUUAGUUUACUCUGUGUAGAAAGGAUGUCAUCCCUCUGAAAAUGACGGAGAUCAGUCACAUUUUUAUCAUACCUUGCUACAAGGCAAAUUUCCAUGCCUUGCCUUUUGUUUC